CACAGAGCCACACAAGUGCUUCCAAAAACGCCGCGAGUGUCUCCCACACUCAUUCUUUGAGCGCGUUAGAUACCUAUAUCCUCGAUAUUGUUGUCUCUCCUCUUUUUCUUCACAAUCUCUUCUCUUCUUCUAACGAAGCUUCUUCUUCCUUCUCCUCCUCUUGAUUCUUCAUUUGAUCUUUUCCAACGACGACGACGAUUCAAACUACAAACCCUAGACGAAGACAAACUCAUCAAAUAUAAUAAACAUCCGAUUCCUCUCUGCUGAAAAUCAAAAAAAAAAAAAAAAAAAAUGAAACCGAUUCAAUCGCCUCUUCCUGGAGUGAAGAACCGUUUACGCAAACGUCCUGACUUAAGCUUACCACUCCCACAACGUGACGUCGCUCUCGCCGUACCUCUCCCUCUCCCACCUCCCUCUUCCUCUUCCUCCGCUCCGGCGUCUUCAUCCGCCAUCUCAACAAACAUCUCCGCCGCCAGAAGCUUAUCCGAGCUAGAACGCGUAAACAGAAUCGGAAGCGGAGCCGGAGGAACGGUUUACAAAGUAAUCCACCGUCCUUCAUCGCUCCCUUUCGCUCUCAAAGUGAUAUACGGGAACCACGAAGACACCGUGAGACGCCAGAUCUGUAGAGAGAUCGAGAUCUUGCGGAGUGUGGAUCACCCAAACGUUGUGAAAUGUCACAACAUGUUUGAUCACAACGGCGAGAUCCAGGUUUUGCUUGAGUUCAUGGAUCAAGGAUCUCUCGAAGGAGCGCAUGUGUGGCAAGAACAUGGGUUAGCUGAUCUCUCUCAUCAGGUUCUUAGUGGAUUAGCUUACCUUCACCGCCGUCACAUCGUUCACCGUGAUAUCAAACCUUCGAAUCUUCUUAUAAACUCGGCCAAGAAUGUGAAAAUUGCUGAUUUUGGAGUGAGCCGGAUCUUGGCUCAAACCAUGGAUCCUUGUAACUCCUCUGUUGGAACUAUUGCUUAUAUGAGUCCUGAGAGGAUCAACACUGAUUUGAACCAUGGCCGUUACGAUGGUUACGCUGGAGAUGUGUGGAGUUUAGGUGUUAGCAUCUUGGAGUUUUACUUGGGGAGGUUUCCUUUUGCUGUGAGUAGGCAAGGUGAUUGGGCGAGUCUAAUGUGUGCUAUUUGUAUGUCUCAGCCACCUGAAGCUCCGGCCACUGCGUCUCAGGAGUUUCGUAACUUUGUUUCUUGUUGCUUACAGAGUGAUCCUCCUAAGAGAUGGUCUGCUCAACAGCUUUUGCAGCAUCCCUUCAUUCUUAAAUCAACCGGUGGUCCUAAUCUCCGUCAAAUGUUGCCGCCGCCUCGUCCUCAAUAACUUUUCUUUGUUUUCAAAAUUUUUCACAUAUUUUUCCUGACAAUUUUUUGCAUGCCCCUCAAAGGAAGUUAAUGCAAAGAGUAGAACAAUGUGGUAUGUGUGAAUUGGGGUAUGGUUCGUCAGGGGGAAUGAAACUCAAGUUUGUGUUCAGGGUUUUAUUGAGUCUCUUUAUUAUGCUGUUCAACCUUGAUUUUUGUCUUUUGGGUAAUGGAAGAAUACUUGUGGAUUUGCCUGUGGUUGUUGUUCAUAUCAGGAAGUAAAUUGGACUAUGGAGGAUCUUCCAUUUGUUAAUUCUCUCAUUAACAAAGCUUCUUUUAUUGCCCUUUAUUUAUGCUUCUUCUAGUUUCUGUCUUGUGAAUCAUAAUAAAGACUACUGCUUUCUUU